GUAAAGUGUAAUAUCUCUCUAAUAUAGGGAUAAAAAAGCGAUUUACGUAAUGUACGUUUCCAAAUUUUAGAGACAUAUUUAUUUAUAAUUGAGUUCCACUUUCGAGGUUGAUUAUCAAAUUUUGUGGCUUGUCUCUUUUUCAUUGAUGUACCUUAAUUUCUACUUGCACGUUUAAUCAAAAAAAUGUUAGCAUUAACUAGUAGGAACUAAAAUGCCAACAAUUUUUUUUCUUCUUUUAGUAAAUCACUGUAAACACCAGAGCUUGAUUCAAUUAUGGUUUUCAUCCUAAGACCCAUCCUAACCUAGGUUCAUUCUAUGGGUGUGGAUGCUUUUAUUUUCUGACAUUACUUAGUCAUACAUGACUCAGUCAGUCAAUAACAACGUAGAACUUCGUACGUACGUACAUCAGUUCGAGUUGCCAUACCACCUUAGCACAGAGAUGCACUUGUCGAUUCAAAUCCCGUAGUGGUAGAGGUAAUAAGAGUAUAAGCAGUAAUCAGGAAAAUUAGUGUUUGGAGAUGUUAUUUAAAGAGUAUAAUACCGUGAAAUAAAUUUGGGAAGAGAAAAAAAGAGACAAGGAGGAAUCAGUUCAAAAUUUGGGAGAACACAAAGAGUGUAUGCACCUGCACCAUUGCAAACGAUUUUGAGCCAUGUCAUUCAGGGUCUCUAACCAUCGGUUGCUGUCAUCUCGCGGUCCCCAACCAGGUAGUCUACACCUACCAACAUGACACAGUUCACUUGUCAGUGACUUCAUGGACGUGUGCCAUGUUUUGGUUUGGCCGCCCCUAGCUUUCUUCCAACCUACUCCUAUACCACUGAACAUAGCACGUCGAGGCAGUCGGUCGUUGGGCAUACGUAACACGUGUCCCAGCCGUUUUAACUGAUGAAGUUUCACCACUUCAUCAAUCGAUUUGCCAUCCUUACCUAGUACCCGUUUCCUAACAACUGUGUUACUUACUCGAUGGUCCUAUGAUAUACGAGCAAUGUUUCGAAGACACCUAUGAUCAAAUACUAGUAACCUACGAAUAUCCUCUACUCUUACCGGCCAUGUUUCACAGCCAUAAAGUAGGAUGGAACGAACUGCUGCGCAGUAAACACGUCCUUUGGUUGAUAGACGGAUAUCUCGCCUACGCCAUAAAUGACGCAAGUUGGCAAAAGCUAGUCAAGCCUUCUGUAUCCGUGCUGAGAUUUCGUCACACACCAGACCACAAGGGCUGAUGAGACUUUCAAGAUAAGUGAAGCGGUCGACACACUCAACUACUUCACUCCUUGUCAUUAGUUCGGGUGUCGAUGUAACCCAAUCCUGAAGCAACAUUUUGCAUUUCGAGGGAGAAAAUCGCAUCCCGAACAUGCUUGCAUUGUUGCUUAGAGUGGUCAGAAGACUCUGCAUUUUGUCAACGACUUCAAAUAAAACUAUGUCAUCGGUAUAUUCCAAGUCAACAAGUGAAUCUCCCGGUAGAAGUUCAACCUCUGGAAAUUUAGACGAGGCAAGUGUUAUCUCUAGAAGCACGUCAAUGACAAAUUGAACAAGAAUGGGGAGAGUGGACAGCCCUGACGAACACCACUUGAGGUAAUCAAUUCUGCUGACAGUUCGCCAUAAGCUCUCACUCGACCAGUUGUGUGAAAAUAGAGAGCCUUUACAAGGUUAAUGUACUUCUUUGGUACUCCUUUCAUUGACAAACACUACCACAGAACCUCGAGAUCAACACUUUCAAAUGCCGCCUUAAUGUCGAGAAAUACUACGAUUGUGGGGCGUCUGAAUGUGUGUUUAUGUUCUAGGACCUGACGUAGUGUGAAUAUCUGGUCUAUACAACCACGUCCAGGUCGAAAACCAGCCUGAUUUUCUCUAGUCUGUUCUUCACGAGCUUUAGUUAGGCGUCGAAGAAUUAUUGAAGCUAAUAUUUUAGACAUUAUAUUAGUCAAACUGAUUCCUCUGUGAUUGUCACAAGAGGACUUUUGUCCUUUCUUAUAGACUGGCACAAUCAGUGAUUGAGUCCAGUCAGAUGGUAUUACGUCCAGUUCCCAAAUUCUACCUAAGACCUCGGUUAAUCUCAUUGCUAAUACUGGACCACCAUACUUAAAAAUCUCAGGAGUAAACCUGUCAGGACCUGCUGCUCUCCCUCGUUUCAGAUUUCCUAUGGCUUUUUCAACUUAGUAAAGAGUCGGAGGACCUACAUUAACUUGCCAUUCAGGUUGACUAGAGAUCGUGGGAAACCGAAGUGUGGCUGAAGGCCAGUUGAACUGAUCCGUAGUGUUCUGCCCAUCGAUCCAAUCUCCUGAAUUGAGAAUGUAUAAUAUGUUCAUCUUUCUCUGAGAUUGUUUCGCUAACAGUCGGGUUCCUAAUACCGGUUUCCCUAACGAGUCUGAACAAUUGUCUGCUAUUACCUGUUGCCGCUGCCUUUUCCAUCUCUCUUGCUUUCGCUACCCACCACUGUUCGCGAUCAUUGCGUAGACUUCUUGUCAGCUUGCGCUUAAGCUGACUACGCUCCUAAUUAUGUUCAGAGCCAGGUGGAAUGAGUUUCCGAACAUCUAUCAGUGCGAUAGAUGCUGCUGAGAUCCAGUGUUGCUCCCUAACCUUCUGGUUUACCUUACUAGCAGAUAUCACUGCUGUUUCCACAGCUUUUCGGAUAUCAUUCCAUGCUGCAUCGGGGUGGGCAUCACAUACAUGGCUGCCUAAAUGUUUUCCUCGUUGUUACUGAAAUAUACUCUUAGUUUGACUAUCAUUAAACAGGACCGUAAGAGGUUUCCUCGCAGCAUCUUUCUUACGUCCAGUAAGACGCAGACAGAUACGCGCUCGUACUAGAGCAUGAUUUGAAUCUAAGCAUGUGCUCCAGAAUGAGCGACUGUCUUCUAACGAGUCCCUCCAUCGGUAGCUGAUAGCGAUGUAAUCUAUUUGGGUCCAACGUUGGGACGAAUUAGGUUGUCGCCAUGUUAAAAGAUGUUUUUCCUUAUGCUUAAAGUUAGUAUUUGCAAGGAACAGGCGGUUAUAUGAGCAUAGCUGCAACAGACGGUCGCCAUUAUCUGUUCUUUGAGCCACGAUGCUAUAAGAUCUACCUAGGUGUCUUUCUCUAUCGCUUAGUUUACCUACUUGAGCAUUAAAGUCACCGGCCAGUAUUACUACAUCCGAGCGCUUAGCUUUUCGUAGAAGUUUGGAAAGCUUUUUGUAAAACUCAUCUUUUACAUCAUGUGCGCUGCAGUCAGUGUGAAAAUAGGCAGAGACGACGAAGAGGCAACGACAAGUGUCCCUAUCUUUCUGAGUCCUUAUUGUUCCGUUUAGUCGGACAGCGCACAAACGACUGUCUGCUGGUAACCAGUCUAAGAGAGCUAGUUCUGCCCUAGGACUCAAUGCUUUACCUAUGCCGGCGAGUCCACGAGAAGCAGCAUCUUGGCUUCCAGAUACACGAAGUGUGAAUCGAGUUGGUUCUUUGUUUUGACAUGGUGAUGUCAAAUGAAUGACGCUACUCGGAUCCUGUAUACGCGUUUCGGAGACGCAGCACACAUCGAUGGUGCGAGAUUCUCAAGUUCUAGCUAAGGAAGCCUGUCGUCCUAUUUGGCACAGUGUUCGUACGGUAAAAGCUCCUACGUGUAGUUUAAAGCGUGGUUUCAUGAGACCGUGAAUAACGUUCCGCGUACUCGAAUCGUUUGCCCUAGCGGUGCGAGGUGAAAAAAGGACGUGAGAAGUGUUAGUCGGGGAGAUAAGAGUGGUAUAAGUGGUGUAGGAAGGAUUUGAAUGUGACCAACUUGGUCUCGUGUGCAGUUACGGGUAUGAGGGCUGAUGUCACUUCCCGGCUGCCCACACCGUGGAAGGGUAUUUCUUGAGGAACCUGGAAAGGAAAUUAGAUUAGUGUUGGUCUUGACGACCUUGGAGCGUGACCGACGAGCCCAAGGGACAACUGCUUGAGGCCGGUCGCGCACGGCUUUUUCGUGGAAGGUUUUUAAUGUGUUAGCUCCGUUCUUCAAAGGGCCUUACCACCGGAGACGGAAAUCCGUGAGGUAAGGUGAGGUGUGACAUUUUUAGGGUCGACCUUUUCUAACCCCACCCCUCCUUGUGAGAAGGCAGCAUUGCUGUAGAUGCUGGUUGUCUGAGGGAAACAGCUUACUGCUGUCACACCCCUCUACAGUCAGCAGUACGACUUCACCCUCAGACCUUGAGUUGCUGCUUUCAGUCUUACCGUUCACCAAUCGACCUGCCUGGCAUGGUAGAACCUACAGGAACAUAUGUUCCAGCCAAUAUAGUUCGGUUGGGUCAUCACGAUAGGCAAGCCCGACCACUGCGUCAAGGUAGCAGCUACGGUCGGGACAUACAUCACUCCGUAACCUAGUGUUGGUUCCAUUCUUCAUACUUUGGGUUCUGACGUAAUAAUAUUAGACACAUAAUAGGUUAGUAAUCUAGCUUCAUAAAGUUUAUCUCUUUAGUGUAUUGAUGUUUCCCAUUUUAAAAUCCAUUAACGUUUUAUUUCCUAACUUAUCAACCAAGGUUCUUUCUGAAGUUUUACAACGAUAGCAAUCGACAUUCGUGUGUUUAUUAACGGUCUCAUGUCUGCCUCACCUCCUGUCUGUUUAAUCAGAAGAGAUACAUUCGCCUCUGAGACUAAAAGUGAAAUUUUAAUGCGUCUCAACCAAAAAAUUUUUUGACGCAUAAAUAUACUAAUGUAAAACAUCCAGUUGUGGUUGAAUCAGUAAACUUAAGCAGUCACAUAAAAAUUUCAAACAAAUCAAAAUCAAAGUUUAAAUGUCAUCUGAUAGUCUGUCUAUAUCUGUCUCCCAACUUAUACUUAUUGAUUUACUGAUAAAAUAAAUUAACUAACUGCAAUAUAGUUCUUUACGAGCCUCAGAAAAAGUUAUUAAGUUUUUUUUAAAAACAUGUUAGCACUAUAAAGUACUUGGCAUUCGAAGUUUGCGAAAUGAGAUUUCUAAACACACUAAUAAAUUACAAUAGGUAGUGACCAUUAUGUUAUUUAAUUUUUGGUGUUGACCAUAUUCUAUCUAUAGGGUUCACAAUGUACCAAAAUCUUUGUUGGCAGUUAUCAAUAUGCCAAAGGCACAUAUCAUUCACUCGAGACUUUAAUCACUAGAAUAGACUAUCAAAAAAUAGUGAGAAAAAUGGAAUAUCUAUUGAUACUUCUGGACAAAGUUUUCAAUAUGCAUUGUUCUCAAUUUUUAGAUAUUCAUUAAUGUGCUUCAAUUUGACAAGUUGAACGUUGCUUUGUUGCAUAUUCUAUUCUGAAAUGAUCCAAGAAAAUUUGAGUCUUUUAUUUUUCCGUUUUAAUUACAAUAUAUACUUCUGUUGCGUCGUUCCCUCUUAAUACGAUGAUUUAUUAUAAUAACUUUUGACAACGAAUUUGAUUAGUCGUUACCCAGAACAUUUAUG